AUGAAAGAAGAAAGAUUGAAGAAAAAAUCUGAAGGUGUUUCUGAGGUUCUGUCAUGGGUUAACAGGUUCCGUAAGCUCGAAGAUAGAAGGAAUGCUGAAAAAGAGAGAGCCUUGCAGCUCUCAAAGAUUUUUGAGGAGCAGGACAUUAUCAAUCAAGGAGAAAGUGAAGAUGAGGCGGGAGGCCAGCAUACUACUCAAGAUCUGGCGGGGGUUAAAGUCCUUCAUGGGCUUGACAAAGUGAUUGAAGGUGGUGCAGUUGUUUUAACACUAAAAGAUCAGAGUAUACUUGCAGAUGGUGACAUUAAUGAAGAGGUUGAUGUGCUUGAAAAUGUGGAAAUUGGGGAACAAAAGCGGCGGGAUGAGGCUUAUAACGCUGCAAAGAAAAAAAAGGGGAUUUACGAUGACAAGUUCAAUGACGAGCCUGGUUCUGAAAAGAAAAUACUUCCUCAAUACGACGAUCCAGUCGCAGAUGAGGGAGUAACUUUGGAUUCAAGUGGACGUUUCUCCGGUGAAGCAGAAAAGAAACUGGAGGAGCUGCGAAGAAGGUUACAGGGAGUUUCUACAGACAGUCAUGUUCAAGAUCUCAAUUCAAUUGGAAAAAUCUCAUCGGAUUACUUUACUCAGGAGGAAAUGCUGCAGUUUAAAAAGCCCAAGAAAAAGAAAUCCUUGAGGAAAAAAGAGAAGCUGGAUAUUGAUGCUCUUGAAGCAGAUGCUGUCUAUGCUGGAUUGGGUGUUGGUGAUCUCGGUUCUCGAAAAGAUGCGAAGAGGCAGGCUCUUAGAGAGGAACAGGAGAGAUCUGAGGCUGAGAUGAGAAGCAAUGCAUACCAAUCAGCAUUAGCUAAAGCAGAUGAGGCAUCUAAAGCACUCCGGCUGGGGCAAGUUAUUACUAACCAAACUGAGGAAGAUGAUGCACCAGUUUUUGGCGAUGAUGAUGAGGAUCUCCGUAGAUCACUAGAAAGGGCAAGAAAAUUAUCUCUGAAAAAGCAAGAGGAGGCAGUGGCAUCUGGUCCUCAGGCAAUUGCUCUCCUUGCUUCUUCCAUUGCCAUCAGAUCACCUUCUGAUAACCAAAACUCCAUCUCUGGAGAUGCGCAAGAAAACAAGGUUGUGUUUACUGAGAUGGAAGAGUUUGUCUGGGGUCUUCAGCUUGAUGAUGAGUCACAUAAGCCUGAUGGUGAAGAUGUUUUCAUGGAGGAAGAUGUGGCACCAAAAGUCUCUGAUCCAGAAGAAAAAGAUGAGGAUGGUGGUUGGACAGAGAUAAAUGAUACUGGCAAAGAUGAAAUCCCUGCUAAUGAGGAUGAAGAAGAGAUAGUACUCGAUGACACAAUUCACGAAGUUGCUGUCGGGAAGGGAUUAUCUGGUGCACUUAAGCUGCUAAAAGAACGAGGAACACUUAAAGAAACUAUUGAAUGGGGUGGUCGAAACAUGGACAAGAAAAAAAGCAAGCUUGUGGGCAUCCAUGACAAUGAUGGACCCAAAGAAAUACGUAUUGAGAGGACAGACGAGUUUGGGCGCAUUUUGACGCCAAAGGAAGCCUUUCGGCAGAUUUCACAUAAGUUCCAUGGGAAAGGACCAGGCAAAAUGAAGCAAGAAAAGCGCUUGCGCAAAUACCAUGAGGAACUGAAGGUUAAACAAAUGAAAAAUGCAGAUACACCAUCAUCGUCUGUGGAGAGGAUGAGGGAAGCUCAAGCUAAAAAUAAGACACCCUAUCUUGUUCUCAGCGGGCAUGUUAAACCAGGGCAAACUAGUGAUCCUAAAAGUGGUUUUGCUACCGUUGAGAAGGACCUCCCUGGAGGCUUGACUCCCAUGCUGGGGGAUAGAAAGGUUGAGCACUUCUUGGGGAUAAAGCGCAAGUCUGAGCUUGGAGACAUGGGCCCACCAAAGAAGCCUAAAACUUGA